AUGGAUGGUAGGAGGAGAGCUCUCAUUGAGGAAUUUGAGGAGCUGUUCGAUACGACUCAGGUUGGCAAGCUGAGGUCGGCUCAAAUCACCCUGAGAGUGGAUGAUUCUGAUCCAAUUUUCCACAAGGCGCGUCCUGUACCGUUCUCUAUCACGGAGAAGUACGAGGAGGCUUUGGAGAAAUUGGAAGCAGAGGGAGUUAUUCGCAAAGUUGAGCACUCCAAAUGGGCAUCGCCUACUGUGCCAGUACUGAAAUCGGAUGGUAGUAUCCGAAUUUGUGCUGAUUACUCUCGCUCAAUCAAUGCCAAGUCUGAUUUGGAGCACUACCCGCUACCUACUAUUGAGGAAAUGUUAGCGAAAUUGUCGGGGGGAGAUAAAUUCACCAAAUUGGAUCUCUCCCAAGCCUAUCACCAACUGGAGCUUGAUCCAGCUUCUCGGCCGUACACGACAAUCUCUACUCCCAAGGGGUUGUAUGAAUACGUGAGAUUGCCGUUUGGCAUUCACUCGGCAGUGGCAAUUUUCCAACGCACAAUGGAAUCCAUAUUGGCAGAUCUGCCUGGGUGCAUCGUCUAUGUGGAUGACAUCCUGAUUACUGGGAAGGAUGAGGAUGAACACCACAACAACCUGAUCAGGGUACUACGUCGCCUACAGGAGGUCGGGAUGAAGCUUAAUCCCAGUAAGUUUCAUUUCAUGAUGGAUGAGAUUUCCUACCUGGGUCACACGAUUUCUAGUGCUGGUGUGGCUCCCACAGCGGAUAAGAUUGAGGCAAUGCGGGACGCUAAGGCUCCUUCGAAUGUUUACGAGCUUCAAUCAUUCAUUGGAACGGCGAAUUUCUUGCGACGGUUCAUACCUCAUUUCGCAACAAUAAUGGUACCUCUGUACAAUCUGGUAAAGAAAUCUGCUGAAUGGCAAUGGGAGGAAAAUGAGCAGAAUGCAUUUUCUCGAAUCAAGGCUGCACUGUGUUGCAGUGAAGUACUCAUUCACUAUUCCUCGGAGGAAGAUCUGAUCCUUCAAACGGAUGCUUCGGGCAUUGGUCUCGGUGCGGUAAUGUUUCAAAAGGACGAAUCGGGCGAGCUUCGUCCUGUAGCGUACGGGUCUCGUGUUCUCUCGUCGGCGGAGAAGAACUACUCCAAUAUCGAACGGGAGGCGUUGGCGUUGGUGUUUGGAGUUACCAAAUUAAGUCAAUAUCUGUUGGGACGGACGUUCAUGCUGAGAACGGAUCAUCAGCCAUUACUCAAAUUGUUCGGCUGCACAGAGAAAGUGUCUACUCUGGUAUCUUCGAGGCUGAAAAAAUGGAAGAUGGUUUUGUCGGCAUACAACUACUCAAUGGAGUACGUUCCGGGCAGAAAGAAUGUAUUUGCGGACUAUUUGUCGCGCAAGCCAAUGAGAGGCGAUCCUACUCGUGAUGAAAUGGUUGAACAACAGGUGUUGUUUGUUCAAGAAGAAUCUGAAAUCAUCAGGGCUGCUACUGUAGCGGCGGAAACGAAACGGGAUGUCGUCCUGAAGAAGGUACUCCAUUUCACGAUUAAUGGUUUGGAGGAAGUGUCAGAGCCAGAGCUCUUUCCUUACUUCGCUAAACGGUGGGAACUGUCAGUGGAGGACAACAUCCUUUUAUGGAAUGGAAGGGUGGUCAUGCCUGACUCCCUGAGAGUAAUCCUACUCAACGACCUACACUCAGAACACUCUGGGGUAGUGAGAAUGAAACGGUUGGCUCGGAGAUACGUUUGGUGGCCAAAAAUCGACGAAGAUAUCGAGUCGACGGUCAAGCAGUGUGCCCUAUGUCAACUCAAUCCCAAGAAUCCCCCGAAAGAGUUUGCAACUUGGACAUGGCCGGCAGGACCGUGGCAGAGACUGCAUCUCGACUUUGCAGGACCGUUUCUCGGCACAAUGUUCCUGGUAUUGGUGGAUGCGUACUCCAAGUACAUUGACGUUAUUCCGUCGUCCCAUGCUACGUCAGGGUCAACAAUAAUGGCUUUGCAACGCGUGUUUGCUAUUUUCGGCCUGCCAAACCAUAUCGUCACGGAUAAUGGGUCACAGUUCACAAGCGACGAAUUUCAAACUUUCUUGCGGAAGAAUGGAAUUCAUCACAUGUGUACCGCUCCUGGCCAUCCGGCCACCAAUGGAAUGGCAGAACGGUACGUGGGGUUUUUCAAGAGCAAAAUGAAAGUCAUGGAUGAGGAACCAGAGCAACUUCACUCUAAGUUGCUGAGGUUUUUGCUCUCGCAUCGUACUACCCCACAGGCGAAUGGAAAAACACCGGCCGAGAUGUUGAUGGGGCGACAACCUCGCAUCAAAUAUGAUCGUUUGAAAAUGGAAGGGCGUAAGGGCGUGGAGGUUUACGAGAACAAUAUGGAGCACAUGCCGGAAUUUCAGUGCGGCCAAGCUGUCCUGGCUUUGAAUUUCGGCAAAGGAGGAGAUAAGUGGGCCCCAGCCGUGGUCACGGCUGUUCUCAGUCCGAUGACGUAUCAGAUACAAGUCGGUGAUGCAAUGUGGAAACGCCAUCGCAACCAGCUCCGUCCUCGGCAAAUCCCUCAGUUCGAUGCAGGGGUGUCUGAGCAGAGUGGAGCAAGGUUAACAGCUCAGGUUCCGUCACAGCCGUCAAUCAGCAACAACGACGCCAGUGUCACGGCAGCGGAGCUAGACGCGCCGGUCUCAGCAACAACCGGUACUAGUGAGUCUGCGUCGGUUAGCACUUCACGUGCCAGCUACAGCAAGACGUCGUCACCGCAAGUUGAACGACGGUCAACCCGCGCUACUGUUUGA